AUCGGUUGCAACGGCCGCUCUGUGCAGAGCGCGCCACUCUGCCAUGGGUCUCCUAACGCUGCUGCGCAACCUCAAGAAGGACGAGAAGGAGCUGCGGAUACUGAUGCUGGGCCUGGACAACUCGGGCAAGACUACAGCGCUCAAGCAGCUGGCGGGGGAGGAUGUCAGUCAGAUCACGCCGACGCAGGGCUUCAACAUCAAGUCGGUGCAGCAGGCGGGCUUCAAGCUGAAUGUGUGGGACAUCGGCGGCCAGAAGCACAUCCGCCCCUACUGGAAGAAUUACUACCAAAACACAGACUGUGUCAUCUACAUGGUGGACUCUGCUGAUAAGCGGAGGACUGACGAGGCCGCGGAAGAGCUUAUGUCCCUGCUAGAGGAGGAAGAGCUCAAGAGUGUAGCUGUGCUGGUGUUUGCCAACAAGCAGGAUCUGUUGGGCGCUAUGAGCGCGGCGGAGGUCAUGAAGGAGCUCGAGCUAACCAGCCUGAAGGACAGGUGGGUGCACGUGCAGGCCUGCUCGGCAAAGACGGGCUCAGGCCUGGAGGACGGGCUGACAGAGCUCAUGAGAGCUCAGCGUGGAGAACGAUGA